ACUCUCCACAAAGCUAACCAAAUCUCCAUAUUUCUUCUCCGUUAACCGUAACAGCCAAACACAGAACUCAAUGUCUUCAUUUCCUUUCUUCCUCUUGCUCCUCUCGUUCUCCGUCUUCACCGAUGCAGCGGGUCAGUUCGGGAUAAACUACGGCAGAGUGGCGGAUAAUCUACCGACGCCGACCAAAGUUGUGGAGCUUCUUAAAUCACAGGGGAUCACACGUGUUAAACUAUACGACACUGAGUCUACCGUUUUGAAAGCACUUGCUGACUCAGGUAUAAACGUCGUCGUUGCGCUUCCUAAUGAGCUUCUUGCUUCUACAGCAGCAGAGCAAUCCUUUGCUGAUAACUGGGUGCAAUCUAAUAUUAUUCAGUAUCAUCCACAAACUCAAAUUGAAGCCAUUGCUGUCGGUAAUGAAGUUUUUGUUGACCCCAAAAACACUACUAAAUUUCUUGUCUCCGCUAUGAAAAAUGUUCAGAACUCUCUGGUUAAGUUUAAUCUUUCUACCAUAAAAGUUUCAUCUCCUAUUGCUUUAAGCGCUCUCCAAAACUCAUACCCGUCGUCAUCCGGGUCGUUUAAAACCGACUUGAUUGAACCCGUUUUGAAACCCAUGCUUGAAUUCUUACGAAAAACUGACUCGUAUUUGAUGGUUAAUGCCUACCCGUUUUUUGCUUACGCUGCUAACUCUAAAGAAAUAUCGUUAGACUAUGCCUUGUUUAAGGAAAAUUCGGGCGUUGUGGAUUCGGGUAACGGGUUGAAAUAUUAUAGUCUUUUAGAAGCCCAACUCGACGCCGUUUUUGCUGCUAUGAAAGCUGUUCAAUACGACGACGUGAAGCUGGUUGUGACAGAGACUGGGUGGCCUUCCAUGGGUGAAGAGAAUGAGAUAGGCGCAAGUUCUGCCAAUGCGGCGUCGUAUAAUGGCAAUUUGGUAAAAAGGGUGCUGACGGGGAAGGGGACCCCACUAAGACCAGAAGAUCCACUCAACGUUUACUUGUUUGCUUUGUUUAAUGAGAAUCAGAAAACGGGACCCACAUCCGAGAGAAAUUAUGGUCUAUUUUACCCUAAUGAGCAGAAAGUUUACGAUAUACCACUCACACUGAAAGAAUCGUCAACGCCGGUCAACCAAAACAAGACUCAGACUCCUCCGGUGAAUGACGUCGGCGGCGAGGUCUCUAAGGCGGCGGUCGGACAAACUUGGUGUGUGGCCAACGGACAAGCUGGAAAAAAGAAGCUACAGGCGGCUAUUGAUUAUGCCUGUGGUGAAGGCGGAGCUGACUGCCGUCCGAUUCAGGACGGUGCCACGUGUUAUAAUCCUAAUAGUAUUGAGGCUCACGCUUCUUAUGCAUUUAACAGUUAUUAUCAAAAGAAAAACCGUGCUGCUGGCACGUGUAGUUUUGAUGGUGCGGCCUAUGUGGUCACUCAGCCUCCUAGAUAUGGAAGUUGUGAGUUUCCAACGGGGUACUGAUUGGACAAAGAAGUGGAGGAUUUAUUCUUUUUUUCUUUCUCACUACAUGUUUAUUUAGAUAUUUAGGAAACUAUUUAUUUCUUUCCCUAUUUUGUAUUUAUUGCUAUAUAUAAAUUAUUUUUAUUUUAUUGA